UCCAGCUAUUCUCCUUAAUUAAAAACCUUUAAAAAAUUACUAUCUUCCUUUUGAUAGUGGUGAUGAACACUAAUAUGAAAGGCCCUGUCAAAAGCAUAUGGGCCCCAUACAUUAAGAUAUAUAGUGCUUUCCAGUAUCAGUAAGAUCAUAAUCGGAUCCCUGGCAUCAGCCUUAUGUUACAGAGCCAUGACAGGUUUUGGGUAGACCUUGGCUUUUUUUUUCUUUUUUUUUCCUUCUCUGUUCGCUUUGUCCCCUAAUGUGCUGGGCAUUUGUUUUACAUAGGUUAUAUAAGCUCCUACACCUGGAGAUGAAGUUGUUUAUAUUGUGGAUUGGCACUACAAACUUAGCAACCAGGUUACAGGUGCUAAGCUCAGAGCUACUUAGAAGAGCAUAUUACCAACAGAGGGCCAGCCUUAGUGAUACUUCCAGGGAGAGGCUAGCAACCAUUAUGAACAGACAAAGAGAUUCAUGCUGGGCUAACCUUCUGUGACCAUUGCAACCUGCAGCACAAAAAUGCAGUGAGAGAAUGGCAAAAAAACACUGUGUUUGGACAUCUAUCCUAACCUACAACGUCGUAUUUGGACAUCUAUCAUUCCGUUUUUUUACCUUGGAGUGAAACUGAAGAUUUUCUUUCCUCAUUUCCUCACAAUCUUGUAUUUUUUUAAUGGAAUAUUGCUUCUAUAAAGAUCUUGGAGGAGGAAAAAGACACCACUGAAAACCUGUCUGCCUUUGCUUAGCUGCUUAAUCCACUUUUAGCCUGCCUACAGUUUUGGGAGGUUACUACAAUGACAGAUCCUGCCAUGGUGGAUCACAUGACCCGGCUGAAACUCAAGCUCCUAGAAAAGAGACUAGAAAAUGAACAUGAGAAUCUAGAGAGGAUGGAUUCACCUCCACCAACAGCAAGGAACAGACAUGAAGAUAUGCUUCAAAAUGCCCUAAGACGGAGGAAAGAUCUCCUGCAGCAACUUAGGGAGCAUCACCUUUUGGAAGAACUGUCACAGCCACCUGUGCCAGCUGGAGGAUACUGUAAGAACUACAGAGCUGAUCCUCAGCCCCUGAUCUACCAGCUGCCUUUUCCAGCUCCCCGAGUGGAGCCACCAAGGAUCAUCCAGCAGACGAUGCCUCCGCAACCUGCUACUAUCAUCCAACAGUUACCUCAGCAGCCCCCACUGAUAACACAGAUCCCGCCUGCCCAGCCUUUUGCAGCCCCUCACUCUGGAAGCAUUAAAGAAGAUAUGGUAGAGAUGAUGCUAAUGCAGAACGCUCAGAUGCACCAGAUCAUCAUGCAGAACAUGAUGCUGAAAGCUCUGCCACCGAUGGCAUUUGCACAGCCUGCUGGACCCAGCUCUCUCCUGCUUCAGCCUGCACAGCAGGAUUCGCAGCUUGCUGCUCCUGUGCUUGUGAAAGCAGAAAGGCCCAGGCCAUCCACAGUGCACCACCAUCACCAUUACUCUCCCCCAGGGGUGCUACCCCCUGUCAGCUAUUCUGUGUGGCCCCCAGCCGUACAGUCCGGUCUCGUGGGACAGAAUGGAGGAUUCCCACCCAUGGUGCAUCACUUGCCUGGAAGCACGCUCCCUGUGGUGCAUACGUGGCCUGAGUACUGACAGUACAUGUUUCUCUACAAGUGGACCGUGGCCUCACUGAGGUCAGCUUCCAUUAGAACACUUCCUAAGUAGUCUGACAGCUUAAUGUCUGUACAACUGCACGUUAUUGGCACAAGAAGCAAGCAGGAGAAAGACCGCAGAUCUUCAGAUGUACCACGCACCUGUGGUCAGCUCACCAGUUUCAGCUAGUUUGACUGUUUUUUCUCAUCUUCCAUUCCCAGAGCAGCAGCAAAUGGUCACUGCUUUCCCAAAACCAAGAAAUUCUGCCCCAAAAUGUUCUACAGGCCUGACAUCUCACAGUGGCCCCAGGGCAUGAAAUGAGCUUAACACCAGUAUUGUUUGAACCAUUACAAAUGAGUGUGACCUAGCUCCAGGGUCAUGAUGUGAUUCAGGAGAAUGCGCUUUACAAAGGAGACAGCUGCCUGCUUCUGGAAAGAUAAUGCAAGUAGAACAAAGGAUUCCUGAAUAAGAUUUUAGUCACCUAAAGUAUUCUUCUCUCAAGGUUUUAAGUUUUACUGUCUGAGAGAUUACUCUCAGUAAUUACCUGUCUGGGGAACCACAAACUAGAGGAACCAGAUAAAUGCAAGUUACCUGCAUAAUAGACGAAAACACUGACAUUGUAUUUUCCUAAAAAUUAAGCCUCUCCCCAAACCUUGAGUUGGAUUUACAAGGCUUGUAGUAUAUGGAUAAAUAAUUCUCAGUGGAGAAAGAAAUGAAAAAAUCUGUUUCUGUGUUUUUUCUCAGAACUGUCAUUUGAUCUAAAUGUUUAAAAUACAGUGCCUGCACCCACAUCUAACUGCAGUUCACUUUUUCUGCCUCAUGAGGGCUCUGACUCUCAGUCUCCUAAGUCUUGUAUUUGUAACGCUACCCGCAGUUUUCUUCUCAAACACCUAUUGGAGACGGAUUUAAGCAGUCUGGAAUUGUGUAUAUGUGGUUCACUAUUCCACAAUCUUUCCUUCAUACAUUCAGGGUUUAGAUUUGGUUAAAAAAAUCAGAGGUUAUUCCUUGAAUAUUAAUGUCUUUUUCUUCAGCAACAUGUUAUAAAUCAAGACCUUUCCCUUCUUCACUUUUUCCAUUAAUUUUCAGAUGGCAGGCUUUAAUCUGAGACCAUGCUAUCUUGUUCUUUUUGCCAUCUUUUAGGAUUCCUUGGAAGACUCAGAGUUUUAUUCAAGUGACAUCUUUCUCAUGGCUUUCAGCAGUCAUUGUGCUUAAGGCAAAAAGAUGAACAAUGAGUUAGUAGCACUUUUAAGUGUCUUGUUAUCUUGUCUGUUUUUUAAAUGGGAUUAAUCUGAUGCAUCAUGAAGGAGUUUAUUGAUUCAGAAUGCUGGCAUCGUUGUUGAAGUAUUCCACCAAAAUAAAAAAGAGCAUCUUUACACUGGUUUUGCCUGAUGAAGUUUGCGUCCAAGUCUGAUGAAGAAAACCAGGAGACUUAAAUUUUGCUUGGAAUGGUUACCCAGAGGAAAAGGUAUUACACUGGACACAAAUAAUCCCCAAUUUGUGAAG